AUUUCGUUGGCCUAUCGCGAUUUGGACUUUGGAAGCUAGCGCUUGCAGGAGGAUAGUACGUCGCGUGCGUAAUCUGACCUGCCGCCCGGAGCCUGCAACUGCUCCCAUAUAAACGCGCGGCGAAACAGGGGCGGCCGGAGGCCUUCCUUCCCUUCUUCCUUCCGUGUCGCUCUGAAGGACAGAGCGGACACGAAGGAGAGAAAGAGAUGCGAGCAAGGGACGACGCGCCAAUGGAGAGGAGGAUGAUCGCUGCCGGCCGUCGCUUCUUCGACUCGUCUUCUUCCUUGCUUCUGCUCUGCCUCCUGCUCUCGCUCCUCUCAGCCAACAAUGGCAUUGUAUCGGCGGCGACGGCGCCACUCAAGUUCGGCAUCAACUACGGCCAAAUAGCGAACAACCUCCCGCACCCGGCGCAGGUGUCCGGCCUCCUCCGGUCGCUCAACGUCAACAGGGUCAAGCUCUACGACGCCGACCCGGCCGUCCUCACGGCCUUCGCCGGCACAGGCGUCGAGUUCACCAUCAGCAACGGGGACCUCCUCAACAUGUCCGACGCCCGCAACGCGCGCGCCUGGGUGGCGCAGAACGUCCAGCCCUUCCUCCCGGACACCCGCAUCACCUGCGUCAUCCUCGGCAACGAGGUGCUCUCCGGCACCGACGCGUCCGCCAUGCAGAGCCUCCUCCCCGCCAUGCAGGCCGUGCACCAGGCGCUGGUGGACCUGGGCCUCGACGACCAGGUGAACGUGUCGACGUCCCAGUCCGUCAACGUGCUCGCCAGCAGCUACCCGCCGUCGGCCGGCGCGUUCCGGGAGGACCUCGCGCAGUACAUGCGGCCGCUGCUGGACUUUCUCGCCGAGCUCGGCUCGCCGUUCCUGAUCAACGCGUACCCGUUCUUCGCCUACAAGGCCAGCCCCGGGAGCGUGUCGCUGCCGUACGUGCUGUUCGAGCCCAACCCCGGCGCGCACGACCCCGGCACCAACCUCACCUACGACAACAUGCUCUACGCCCAGAUCGACGCCGUCUACGCGGCCAUGGAGGCCAUGGGGCACAAGGACAUCGCCGUGAGGAUCUCCGAGACCGGGUGGCCGUCCGCCGGGGACGCCGACGAGGUGGGCGCCACCGUGCAGAACGCCGCCACGUACAACGGGAACCUGAUGAAGCGGGUCGCGGCGGGCCAGGGGACGCCGCUGAGGCCGGAUGUGCCCGUGGACGUGCUCGUCUUCGCCCUGUUCAACGAGAACAUGAAGCAGGGGCAGGCGUCCGAGAGGAACUACGGGCUGUUCUACCCCAACGGCACGUCGGUGUACGACCUCGGGUUCGGCGGGGCGUCGUUCGGCCCGUCGUCGCCGACGGCGUCGGGGUUUUCCUCUUCUUCCAAGCCGACGAUAUCUUUUCCGGUGGGGGUGGUUGUCCUGUUUGCAGCAUUUCUCUUGUAAUCACCAUCCAGAAGUGUAUUUAGGCAUUUAGCUAUUGUGAUUGGCCACUAACCGAUAGUUCAGUUUGUGCCAACAUGCAUGGCACAUAAGAUCAGCUGAUCGUACAUUGUUCUCGCACUAGGUAAGUUUUUUUUCCUGAAAGGGAGGCAAAUCUAUUAAUUAAGAGAGAAUAGAAUUUGUUGUGUUACAGUAGGGCAUUACAAUACACCGCCAAUACAAAUGGUCAUUACUCUCUUGGCAUCAUAGUACCCAAGUGUUUGGCACCUGCUGUGACCCAAACCGCCGCCUCAACCUUGAUAUUGCUAAGCAGGACCAUCGGAGGGAUGCUCUUUUGACGGGAGACGUGCAUUUCUUUCAUUCCAAAUGGUCCAAGAGAUAAGCAUGGUUAACGAAGCCAUCGGCUGUUCUAGUUCUUUUUUCAAGGGCAAACUCGUUUUAUUUGUGGAUAAUACACAUUUUUUAGAAGCACCGUACAAACGCAUGCACCCACAACAUGCAACACACUCAUACCCUAUGAAAGCAGAUAUGAACAUCCUAUCCCUAUGAGCACCUUCAAGAAAUUGAGCCGACACGAUCUUAUUAGUGACGAAGUUGACAGAGACAUCUCGAAGUCGACAGGCAUGUCAUACAAGUGAAUGAAUAGCGUCGAAAAUCUUGAAAAUAUGCGACCACACGGGCCAAGUUUCGGACUUGAAUCCUUGUGAACUGAUUUCACCACAAGAAAUCUAAUCAUCUACAUAAAGGAUUUUCAUCCAAUCGUCGCAAAGUGAUACAACUGCACCGAGUGUAAAACCGUCCUCAGCAUAACUAGAUGCACAUAAACAUACUUUACGCAAACAAAAAUAUAUACUGGGCACUGUUCCAUAAUCGAAUACCCAUCGUGAAUACUACGUAGGUGAAUACUAGAGCUUGUGCACAUCAUGAGGAGAGCUGGUGGUCCAGAUUUCGAGAGUAUUUUGACAUGAGAGCCAAAACAGAUUGAGCCAGGUUACUAUACAAACCGUUGAUGCAUGAGAUGGAAGUGCAACGAUGCAUUUGAUUUAGCAUUGUGCACAUAUCGGGCGAGGAAGGAACGCACAGUAGUUUCGAAACAAAUUUCCGCAUUAAGAGUUUCUAUAAGAUACAUUCAGAGAUCUCUUGGGCUCUUGGCUCAUGACUAAGAGAUUUCACUGCCAGCUCAGGUCUUGUCACCACAUUUUCUGAACUCUAUUCUAUGCAAACACCCCAAUUUCCGCAUAUGAAAAGUGUGACGAGGUAGAAAAAGGAAAUACUUUUAUAAACCGAAAGAAGGAGAGGGUAAUGCCCAGAGCAAGCACUGUGCAAGACUAUCACAGUAGCACAAAGAAAAGUACUCCCACUGUCUCAUAAUGUAAGAACGUUUUUCCCUCUUCUCUCCGUUGUUUUCUUCCAUGUUCGUGUGUGUUCCAUGGAGGAUUGUUCAUGCAGAUGCCUGGCAAAGAUGGCGCACAUAGCUGACGGCUGUGUGUACGAAUCUGGUUUGGAGCUCACCCAGACUCAGCGCCGUGGGCAACUUUCUUGUCUGCUGUACAGCAACCAUGGGUUUCGUGCACCCUAUGUUUGUCGCCUGACGGUUGGUGACUUGAAGGAAUCAUGGAUAUGUGUUUCUAUUCGUUUUGUUUUCUACUUUUUUGUAGGUCUCUUUUUGAAUCCCAUGGACUGAUAUGUAGUUUAGUGUUAUGAAUAGUUUGUCUAUAUUUUUUUAUUUGGUUUUGUCAGAAUUUAACAGUAGGGAUUUCUG